GUGAGAUGAGACAACCCCUUUAAUAAGAAUGUUAUAAGUUUGUCGACUGUAAUUUAGAUUAAAAAAAAAUAAAAAAUUUCAAUUUGUAUCUUUAGCAGAAAAUUCCUAUAAGAAUUCUGAGGGAAACUUCAUGUUGUCACUAAAUUAUAAAACAGAAGAUGAAGACAUCAUGCAGUGCUCUUCAGGAGAAAAUCGUAAUGUACAUCCAGGACUUCACAGUACAGACCUAUCAGAUAAUCCCCCUGUUCAUGAGGAAUCAUCUGACCAAUCACAGUUUGCUACCAUAAGUGCUGGUCAGAAAGGGGGUAAAAGGUUUCAAAAGAUCACAAAAAGAUCAAAUCUUUCUACAGACAGAAGAAUUCGCACACGGCAGAAGCUGAUUUCAUGUCCAAAAUGUGGGAAAUAUUUUGCAUUUAAAUCAGGGCUUGUUCGACAUGAGAGAAGUCACACAGGAGAGAAGCCGUAUUCAUGUUCAGAAUGUGGGAAAUGUUUUACACAGAAAGCAAUUCUUGAUCGACAUGAGAGAAUUCACACAGGAGAGAAGCCGUAUUCGUGUUCAAAAUGUGGGAAAUGUUUUAUACAGAAAUUCUAUCUUUUAACACAUAAGAGAAGUCACGGAGAGAAGCAGUAUUCAUGUUCAGAAUGUGGGAAAUGUUUUAGUGAGAUCUCUGCUCUUAAUAGACAUAAGAAAAUUCAUACAGUAGAGAAACAGUCUUCAUGUUCAGAAUGUGGGAAAUUUUUUAGUGAGAUCUCUGCUCUUAAUAGACAUAAGAAAAUUCAUACAGGAGAGAAACCAUAUUCUUGUUCAAAAUGUUGGAAAUGUUUUACACAGAAAGCAAAUCUUGAUUCACAUGAGAAAAUUCACACAGGAGAGAAGCCAUAUUCAUGUUCAGAAUGUGGGAAAUGUUUUACACAGAAUUCAAGUCUUAGUGCACAUCAGAGAAGACACAGAGGAGAGAAGCCGUAUUCAUGUUCAGAAUGUGGAAAAUGUUUUUCAGAAAAAUACAAUCUUUUCACACAUAAGAGAAUUCACACAGGAGAGAAGCCGUAUUCAUGUUCAGAUUGUGGGAAAUGUUUUACACAGAAAUCAAGUCUUAGUACACAUCAGAGAAGUCACAGAGGAGAGAAGCCUUAUUCAUGUUCAGAAUGUGGAAAAUGUUUUACAGAAAAAUACAAUCUGUUUACACAUAUGAGAAUUCACGGAGAGAAGUCGUUUUCAUGUUCAGAAUGUGGGAAACGUUUUACACUUAGACAAACUCUUGUGAAACAUGCUCUACGUCACACAGUAGAGAAGCCGAAUUCAUGUUCAGAAUGUGGGAAAUAUUUUACAGAUAAAUCAGAGCUUGUUAGACAUGAGAGAAGUCACAUAGGAGAGAAGCCGAAUUCAUGUUUAGAAUGUGGGAAAUGUUUUGCAAAGAAACUCUAUCUUAUUAGACAUGUGAAACUUCAUACAGGAAAGAAGCCGUAUUCAUGUUCAGAAUGUGAGCAAUGUUUUACGCAAAAAUCCGAUCUUGAUAGUCAUGAGAGAAGUCACAGAAGCGUAAGGAUACGCUCACAAUUCCAGAAUUUAGACUUUGAUUUCGAUUCCAAUUAACACCUUAACGACCCUGUACGAUAAUGCACGUCCUAACUUGCAGGUACUUCAGGCACUAGGACGAGCAUUUUCGUCCUAGGGUUAACGCGCUGCUCCACAUGCCCUGCCUCGAUCAGCAGCAGGGGCCCUGCUGUAUCUGCCAGCAUCGGUGAAAACAGCGAUACUGGCGGAUUAACCCCCUGCAUGCCGCGGACCGCGGCAUACAGGGGGUUUGCGGCAGCUUGUACAUCCCCUUCAGGUC